ACAGUUUAGGAAGUCAAGACAGAAAAACUUGAGCAUUAAAAUUCGAAAAUGUUGUCCGUGAGCAAUUUUCUCAAAUGUUCCGACGGUGAUAGGGAUAGUGCUGAUUGUGAUAAUGGAAAGAAUAGUUCGAGUGUUAUAACUAAAACCAGUGCAGUGAGUUCUAGUACCUCUGGCAAAUCUAAUAGCAUGUGCAGUAACCAAUGCUCACGGAUCCCAAAAUGCGCUCGCUGUCGGAAUCAUGGUGUAAUAUCUGGUCUGAGAGGACAUAAGAAACAUUGCACCUAUAGAAAUUGUAGAUGUCAAAAGUGUGAAUUAAUUUUAUCACGGCAAAAAAUUAUGGCUGCUCAGGUUGCACUGAAACGGCAACAAGCUGUGGAAGAUGCAAUUGCAUUACGCCUCGCAUCUAGUGAAAUGGGUACUCAAUUAGAAAUGCUCCCACCCGGCAAAAUUUACGGAAUGACUGUAACGGACCCUUGUCCAUCCCCACAGAUAGAGCUAACUUCGACAAUGGAAAUUUCCCCCACGUCGUCUGGUAAUAAAAUCGCAAUGAGUUCUGAUGUAAUUGAAGCAAAAACAAACAACGUAACCGUUUCUCAAAGUGCUUUAGAUAUGCUAUCUCAACUUUUUCCACACAGGAAGCGAUCCGUACUUGAGUUAAUUUUGAAGCGAUGUGAUUUAGAUUUAUUGAAAGCAAUAGAGCAGUGCAGUAAAAAUAAUCCAUCUAGCGCUUUCAAACCACCACUUUCAUCAGCAUCGCAUAUCACACACCAUCAGCUACCGUUUAACUCACCAAGUCCUCCAAACUAUCCAUCGUUGAUUGCUUAUCCAAAAUGGUUACUUCCCAUGUCUAUCCCAGUACCUAUGGGACAUUUAGCACCGAGAUGUACUCUACCAAACUGCGUGAUGUGUGUACAUCAUCCAGUAUGAAAUUAAAAAUCUAUAUAUUUAAGUGGAUCUGUCUUAAGCAUGCUAGUAUUGAAAUACAGUUUACAUUAAAAAGAAUUUAGAUUAAAAUAUUCGUUAAUUUAUUGCAUAUUGAUUAGAAUAAGUAUUUAUAAUUUGUCAUGUUUAUUAUCAUUUGAAAUAAAAAUAAGCAAUAUAAAUCA